UCGCUGGAGCCGGCAGGUGGAAAUUCGCGGUUUCGGGCGGGGGAGAACCCACGGUCUACUCGCGAUCGCGAUCGCGUGAAACGCCAAACUGACAGCGGCACAGUCACAGUCAACCUACGGAACGCGUAUAAAGAUGGCUCCCUAAUUGAGUCGCGCUCUCGGUUACAUUCAACAGGUAGUCAUAAAUUCGGAUCGUUCGCGGGAAGAUCGCUUCAUCGUGGAUAUGUGAAAAAGAAAGUGAUCAAGUGUGUUGGUAAAUUGAAAGCUAGAAGUUUAUCUUACCCGUGUAGCCCGUGCAGCCCGUGCCUUCCGGGUCACACAUUCCUCUUCCAAAGUGUUUUGUGUGGAUAUUUGAGUGUAUUGGUUCAAAAACGAUCAAAUAAUAAUGAUCGCCAAGGGCCACUUGUUGCUGCUGCUGCUGCAUCGUCGUCAGCGACGGUAUUGUCGGUGGAACUAGUGUACGUGAAAAAGGGUUCCCCGUUUUAUCGUUGCCUCACCACGGUUCUUCAGUUCGAAGCGUCCUGUAAGAGAAGCGAGGCAAUAAGGAAAUAGCGAGCGGGCGACAGUGAUGGCCAACCAAAUGACGAGUCAAACGUGAAACGUGUUGCGUGCACCGUUGUUUACAUACGAACCACCCGUCGUACCGUGCAUCGCCCCUCUGAACCACACCAUGUUAACGCUACUCACCGAACUGCGCUUCUGGUCCACCAGGGAGGACAUCUGCAUACAGGACACCGAUCUUGGGACAACAAAAUACUGCGAAAAAAAAGUCGAUCCAAGCCGAACGGUGCUGAUCGAAGGAAAACGAAGCUACUGUGAAUCUCGCGGCCUCAAAUGGAGUCUGGACAACAAGAAACCGAACAAAUUGCGCCACUCGUUGCGGCUGCUAGAGGACGAGCUGCGACAGAAGCGACUGGUGUACUGCAAAUGGAAGAACAGUGUCCUCCUGCAGCUGAUGCUCGCCAACGGUCUGCUGGUGCACGUAUCGAUCAACCCGUUCACCGGGGACAUCAACCGGAUCUAUUUCGACAAGUAUCUGAUCGGGAAGUUGAUCUCCGAACACAUCACCGACGUGGUGAUCACACAGAACCACAUCCUGGUGGCGUACAACGAGAAUCAAAUCACGUUCGUGCAGCUGCAGAAGCCGACCGCGAAGAAAAAUAACCUCGAAAAGAUUAGCCUAAUGGAUCCGAAGAUCUACAACGUGCUGCUCAGCGGCACCGGCACGACCACGCGCAAGGUCCCGAAGCGCCUGGUAUGCAGCAGCAGUCUCAACCUGGUUAUCGUGUGGACCAAAUCGUCCCAGAACGAGGUGUACCCGUGGCGUCCGACGGUGAAGGAUCAGGAUCGAGCAAACCUGCACGUGUACAAACUGAACGGGGCCCGGAUGGAGCUGCUGUGCUACUACUGGACGGAGUACGAUCCUAUUUCCGUGGAGUUUUCGCUCAUGAAUGAUUAUCAGGUGCACUGCGUUGAGCAGAAGAUCUCCAAGAAGGGAGAAGUCACGAUCGACAGUUGCAUUUAUCAGAUCAAUAAAACCAAAAUGCGCCGCGUCGCGGUUACCUCCAUUCCGCUGCAGACACAGGUGUGCUGUAAUGCUCUCAGCCCGGACCACGAGAAGCUUAUGCUUGGUUGCAUCGAUGGCUCGAUCGUUCUGUUCGAUGAGGGCCGUGGUAUAACGCAUCUCGUAAAGGCCGCUUUUAUUCCCACAUACGUGGCCUGGCACAGCGACUCCUCGGUGGUGAUGAUCGCGAACGAAAAGUGUCAACUGCAGUGCUUCGAUAUCGCGCUAUCAUGCGUCCGGAUGCAGCUGCUGAGUGAAUCCGAGGAUGGCAUACCGUCCGGCACGUACGAUCUGUCCAACUACUUCCUCGGCCACCAUGCACCGUCAAUCAAUUUGGCACGCUUGUGUUGGAGCAAAAAGCCGGAACUAGCGAACCACGGCGAAAAGUACGCGACGACCGAUUCGUUUCUGUUCUGCGCCUUCGAGCAGGGUCCACUGGCGUGCGUACGGGUCGUCGGCGGUUCGGGGUUAAAAGGCGACGUACACACGUCCGGGCUGACGGCGGACGUGCUGGUGCACAAGUACAUCUCGCUGAACCAGGUCGAAAAGGCGAUCAACAUCCUGCUCAGCCUUAACUGGGACACGUACGGGGCCAUGUGUCUGCUGUCGCUGCAUAGGAUAGCGAACUACAUUUUUAAGCAACCGCUCGGUACGGAGCGAGAACUGCAGCUGCAGAAGGCACUCGGGAGCUUUCUGGUGCCGGUCAAGUCGCUAUGCUACGAGACGGAGCUCGAGUUUGGCGACCAGGUGAAUGACAUAACACUCAAGUUCUUCCACUACCUGCUACGGAACCGAUCGUACAACAAAGCGUUUAGCUUGGCCAUCGACAUCAACGAUGCGGACUUGUUUCUCAAGCUGCACGACAAGGCGAAAACGGACGGAGACGUAGAGCUUGCCAGGGAAGCAUUACGGAAGGUGGAUGACAUUAACCGCAUCUGCACCGAUCGGAGCGACAGUGAACACUCGCUUUGCUCUAACUCGUCCUGCUCAUUGUGUGCGGACAGUUUCGAUGACGACGAUGACGACGAGGACGAAGAAGAGACUAGGAACAAUGGUGUCGAAGGCGAACGGACCACCGAGGACGAAGAAGAAAUGGUCGGUGAGGUGGAGGACGAUGCAGUUGAAGCAGAUCACGGAAGAAGCGCAAUUGUUCGAAGGCGGCCUGCGACGGCGACGAAUGGAGUUAAUGGGGGGGCUGACCAUUACUCAAUUCGAAAGGAAAGGACAUUCCAGGACAAACAGCACCAUUCACGGGCUGAUGCCACCGAAGGUAGCUUCCGAACGUUUUCUACCUCCUCCGGCUCAUCGAAGUCUUCCCAAAUCCAACAAUGGAAUGAACAAAAUGACCGUUCAAAGGCAAGGCACGCACUGGCGCAUCCGCCGCUGCCUAAAACGGGCGAGCAACCGAGCAAACCGAGAUUCGAAAGUCCUCCGCCGAGGGUCGCUCCUAUCAGUGGAGGAGGUGCCUCUAGACUACCGCCCGCCAGUAAUGGGAAAGAAUUCUUCGUCCACCAAGAUCGACCCCCGUUGCCGUACAUUGCGAAGCCAAGCAAAACGCCCCAGCACAAACCAGUCGCACCACCAUUUGCCAUACAGCGCAGCCAGACGGCAAUGGCGUUGAAACUCUCCAAACAGCAGCAGUCCCGGAUGGUGGAAACGAAAAUGAAAGGCAAAUCGUUGAGUUCCAGCAAUUUGCUGCUACUGGGUGAUGAAGGGGGGGUCGCUUAUGCACAGACGUCGGGUGGAAUGGUAGCGCCAGGCCUUCCGCUCCAUCGGCCGCGCAAUCUUAUGAAUCCCCGAGAGAAAGCUGCCCGGUAUCGGCUUUACUCCUCCACCGCCAACAGUCUGUCGAUGGAUCAGCUGGAUGUUUCGACGAGCGCACUAGCGCACCGUGGUGUUCCCGUGGCGGCUUACGGUGGUGAGCCAUCGCUAGCGAGUACCCGAACCGCCGGUCUACCCGCCUUCCACCACCCGGAUCAUCAUAUGCACCAGCUUCAAUCGCAGCAGCAGCAGCAGCAUAUUGUAAUCGAUGUUGUUCCUAAGCCUUCAAUGGGCGGUCCAUUUGCGGGACCUUCUUCGUCAUCGUCCUACGGGGUCGCGCAAUCGUUGGCCGGUGGAGGGCUAGUUGGACCAUCAGGCGCUCAUAGCGUACUCGAUCAGACGAUCGGCAUACCGUUAGUACAAGACGAACCGGACUUUGUGCGGCGUACGGUUGGUGGAGGAGCAGCACGCAAGCCGCCGCUACUGUCCGCCUCCUCGUCGUCGCCGUCGUCGUCGUGGUUCAACACCAGUGGCGGUGCACCGACAAGCAGCUCCAACAGCAACAAUGCACCCCGAACCAUCAUCCACCAGUAUCCGUUGAUCUCCGGUAACAUUCCUUCCAAAUCCCAACUACAACAGCAGCAGCAUCAGCAACCACCGUUUGAACUACAGCUUGCGACGGCCGGCACGGGCAAGUACGGGACGCGUAAAAAGUUGGACGCUCCAACGGCAUCUAUCCUCUCGAACAGCUCGAGUAGCGUUGGUGCACUCCAACCGUCGUCGGGAGCUGUCCGAAACGAAGGAGGAGGUCCAGGAUCCGGAGCGAUUAACCUGGCUGGAGGUGGUGGCGGCGGUGGUGGUAGCAGUGGUGCCUCGUCAUCCUCGUCUGCCAUCAACAGCACCAAACGAGACGGUGGAGAGAAGAAUAAGGUCAAAUUUUCCGACACCGUCACGGUAGCUGUCGUACCGGAGAUACCCCGCAAAGAAAAGCUCAUGGUAGAGAAGCUCCGAAAGCAACCGAUGCCGCCAGGUCCGGUUGGGUACGGGGGGCCAUUUCCCAUCGCCGACCCGAAGCGUGAGCUGGCAGAAAGUUUACCCCUGUGCCAUCCGAACGAGGAUUAUCUGAAGGAUUUUACACCAAUGCAAGAUCUGAUUGGCAAUGGAAACGGUGAAAUUGAGAAGAAAGAGGAAGAGAAGAAAAUUCCCAACAUCAAGGUGGUACACUUUGGUGUGGUUUAACGGCCGCAAAGUGCCCUGAGGGUUUUUCUUUGCGGCUGAACGAGGCAGUAUUCCGUGUGUUGCUUUAGAUUUAAAACUUUCUUUUGUAGAUUCAUUAUCGGUGUAUACUUGAUUGUUGUUAUCCGUCCGUCCAGUAAGUGUUAUAACAUCGCGGUUACAGUGCAAACAUAUAUUUUGAAUUGUAUAUUUAUUAUCAUUCCUAUUUGUUUAGAAGCAAUAGAAGAUAGAUCAUAGUUUAUUUUUACGAGAAAAUAUCAAUAAAAUUACCUCUUAUUGGGUACGAGC